UUAAGGUUGUGUUUUAUCUCUGUCUGAUAAGUAUGCACGUUUAAUGUGCGAACGAGACGGCGUUUAGACUUCAGCCAUCAAUUCAUAACCAUCUUUCUUUCUUGUGCAACUGUUUCUCGUCGGUCGUGUUCUAGGAUCUAGUGCUAACACAGGAUGGACGCCAUUCGUGCGAGAUAAAUUGUGGCAUCGCUCGCGUAGCGACAGUGCGUGCAUAGGUGGCGGGCGUGGAGUAUGCUAUAUGUGUGACUGGUGCGUUCGGGUGGCCUCGGUGCGGUGCGGAGUGUGUGGAGUGUGCGGAGAGUACGGAGAGUGCAGGACGGUCACAGCGAGGGCUCAGCAGACCGGUGGGCCGAGUAGGCUGUGUGGGGAGGCAUGGCGGGCGCGAGCUGAUCGGACGGUCGCGGCGUCCGCUCGCGCUCCGCCGGCCUCAUGCGAGCGCCGGAGGUUUUAUGGGUAUUUGCGUGAGCUGCCGGCGCCGCGAGCGAAAGGCACCCGAAAAGCGUUGGGUGCCAGGAGCGGGCGGGCCCGCUAAGGGCGCGGCGGCAGAGUUGCUACCGCGACGCGUCCACCUGCCAGCCAUGGCAAACUCCAUUUCCAACAUCAAAAUGACGAACCCUAUCAAGGGUAUUGUGAGCAAGCGAAGAAAACGAUAUGUAAAGGACGGCUUCAAUUUGGACUUAGCAUAUAUAACAGAUAGGCUGAUAGCCAUGGGUUUUCCCGCUGAGAAGCUGGAGGGAGUUUAUAGGAAUCACAUAGAUGAAGUCUACAGGUUCCUGGAGCAGAUGCACAAAGAUCACUAUAAGAUAUACAACCUCUGCGCGGAGAGGUCAUACGACUCCAAUAAAUUUCACAAGAGGGUGGAGCGGUUCGCGUUCGAGGACCACGCACCGCCGAAGAUAGAACAGAUCCGACCGUUCUGUGAGAACGUCCACGAAUGGCUGAACAAAGAUUCGCGGAAUGUUGCUGCUGUACAUUGUAAAGCGGGCAAAGGACGAACAGGAACCAUGGUGUGUUGUUAUCUCCUGUACAGCGGACAGAAGGCGACGGCAGACGAGGCGUUAAAAUUUUACGGGAUUAAAAGAGCUCAUGACGAAAAAGGCGUGACGAUCCCGUCGCAGCGGCGCUACGUGGAGUACUUCGCGGCGCUGGUGCGCGGCGGGCUGUCGUACCGCGCCACGCGCGUGCACGUGCGCGAGCUGCUCAUGUCGCCGCCGCCCGCGCUGACGGGGCUGCAGGCCACGCUGGAGCUGAGCGUGUCGCAGCUGGAGCCGCAGUUCAAGGCGCCGCUGGGCGCGCACGAGCUGCGGCGCCACGACAGCGCGGCGCGCGUGUCGCUGGCGGCCUGCACGCCGCUGCAGGGCGACGUGCGCGUCGACGUGUACUACAAGCCCAAGAUGAUGAUGCGCAAGGAGCGCCUGUUCCACUUCUGGUUCAACACGUUCUUCGUCACGGCCUGCGUGGGCGCCACGCCCGUGCCGGCGCCGCACGACAGUCCCAACUUAGAAACGUUCAAGCUGACGCUGGACAAGUGGCAGUUGGACGACGCGCACAAAGACAAACAACAUAAAUUAUAUAGUCCCGAUUUCAAGGUGGAACUAAUAAUCCAGAAGCAGCCGGAGUCGUCAACGUUCAGCACGCAGUCGAUCCGAGCGCCCUCCACGCCCUCCACCGCAUCCUCCUGCUCCGACGCGGACGAGCACUGGGACUCCGGGGCGGCGUGCGAGCGCGUGGGCCGCUACCGCCCGCUGUCGCCCGACAACAACGCGCACACGUGAAUCCACGUACUUGUGAGGGUGGCACGUGGGAUCAGUGACCUCCGCACCUAUACAUUACCGCUUACCCUCCGCCGUACGGCAAAGGCUCGAACUCUAUCUCGGUGCCGUAAAGACUAAUUUCGUUUGGAGCCUUUACCGUAGUGACAUUGCUAAACGAUUAGUGUUCUAUGUGUGUUUACGAUGUGUUUAUAAGUAAUUGUACGGGCUGUGCCGUCGUCACGGAUUCUGGAACGUUCGGGCUCCGAACCGAUGUGAUAAUAUCGUGUGCUGAACGUUUUUAUUGCCCGGGCUGUUGCGCGAGUGCGGGCGUAGAGACCACAGUACCGUGUAAUGAUCAUACAUUGAAGUGUGGCCGUUUUUUCUUCUGUCGGUACCCAAAAGUUAAAUGUGGUCACAAUGCUCUUAUCUUAUCAAACGUAAUUCUUAUGACUGAUUGAGUACAUUGAUUUAUUAUUAAAUUGAUUACGAAUUUUUUUUUAUUUAGCAAGCCGUUGCAUCUUUGGUUACAUUUAGAUUCUAUGGGGGACAAAGUUUUUAAAAUUCAGUUUCAAAUCAAUCUCAAUCUCUUCCCAUAAAAAAUCAACUUGGUUUUUUUUUAAAUCCCUACUUACUGUUAUUUAUUUUUCGCAAUUUGAAAUUUAAAUAUCGAAUAUUAAUUUAAAAACAUUGUUCCGUUAUUUAUUACUAUUUUUAGUUAAUAAAGGCCAGUGUCGAAACGACUUUGAUGUCGUUCACUUACGUAGGUAUUCAGAGUUUAUUUGACUUUUAAUAUUAUUUUUAUGUAAAAUACAUUUGAAAAUUAUACAGGAGAAUGAAAUGUUAGCGUGUCAAGUUAAAUUUUUCAUAAAAUCAAUAUAAGGUAUGGCCUACAUUUAUAACAACACUUUUUUAUAAUAAAAAUAAAUUUUGAUUGUAAUCUUUCAGUCUGUGUUAAAAGAAAUAUGGAACCAAUUGUCUGUGGUGCUCCUUCAUUAUUGCAUCCUUCACGUAAUAAAUAAAAAAAAAAAACAAAAUCUUUUAUAAUCUUUUACAA